AUGGAGGAUAUCUCCUAUGAGAUUCCUCCAUCCACUUCCCACGAGACCUGCCAGAUCAUUCAAGAAACCCCCCAAGAAACCAUCGCAGAAGAAGUCCAAGAACAAGAAAUAUCCUCAAUAGGCUCCCAGAAUGUCUCAAAAUCAACACCUUCCAAUUCGGGAAGAUAUGUUGUCCCUAUCCACGAGACUCUAUCUUCUCUUGAGCGAAUCCCUUUCGAUCCAUCCAAGCAUAUCGAAUUUAGUCCACCAUCGAAGACAUGGACGAUGCAGGAGCUUGAUUACACCGAAGGCCAGGGAAUAUCUGUAGUUGGAGUCUCGGAACCCUUCCCACUCUUCAGCAAGGAAGCUGUCAUGCAGAUGCGAGCUGAAAUUCUCAGUGAAGAGGUGUGGGACAAGUACCAAUUCUCUAGUAAUCUGUCUCACUGCCAGCUGCGUGGCUAUGUACCGGAAUGUGCUCCAUUCACGUAUGAUGUUUGGAAAAGCCCCGAGAUUCUGGAUAUCGUAUCUAAGAUCGCAGGUAUUGACCUAGUACCUGUGAUGGAUUGGGAAAUUGCCCAUAUCAACAUUUCCAUCCAAAGUGAAGGGGAACAGGCUAAGGCGUUAGAGGUUGCGCAACGUGACGCUGACGAAGGUGUAGCUGCCUGCCCCCUCGAAGACGACCAUCCUAUUUUGGAUUGGCACACUGAUAGCUAUCCCUUUGUAUGCGUGACCAUGCUCUCAGAUUGCACUAAUAUGAUAGGUGGUGAGACAGCAUUGCGCAAGGGAAACGGUGGUAUUGUCAAGGUGCGCGGCCCCCAAAUGGGAUCUGCCGUCAUCCUCCAGGGUCGUUACAUCGAGCAUCAGGCCAUGCGAGCUUUCGGCACCAGCGAGCGUAUCACAUCAGUGACCUCCUUCCGCCCGCGUGCACCGAACAUUAAAGAUGAUACUGUGCUUACCACCGUCCGUCCAAUAUCAGAUCUCAAAGAGUUAUAUCAUCAAUACACCGAAUAUCGUUUCGAGGUUCUUCAAGAUCGCCUGCAGGAUAUGAGCCGCAAGUUGCGGGAUCGCAAACGCGCACACCGAAGCUAUGAUACCGAGGCAACCAAGGCCUUCAUCAGAGAACAGAUCGAGUUUCUGGAAGCCAUGGACCGGGAAAUAAUUAUCGAUAAAAACGUGCAGCGAGGAUAUAUUGAUGAUGGCCAUUUGGUUUCAGAUGAGAUCAAGCAGAGUUCCAAGAGGAAAGGCACCUACGACAUUGUCUAGAAGUGUUGUCCAGACUGACAUGUUGACGACUUUCCUUUUGUUCAUAACAACAAUCCGAUAAUCUGCUGUGAUUCUAGCCACGGUUUCCCCUCGUGUUUGCAUUGCUACUUUUCCGUUCCCCCAUUAUAUAGGGCAUAUUAAACACAAAUUGUUUCCUGGAAUCCAAACUGGCCAGCGACUGUACCUAUGUGAUGCGUUUCAAGAUCGCAGGCUGUAAUCAAGGAAAUGGCGCGGCCAACUAAGGGAAUAUAAAUUGGCCAGGGCUAAGCAGCCAUGUUUGUGAAAGGCGGCUCAAACUGAUGAUAACUACUGAAUGACUUAAGCCAUGAUAAAGCUUCAGGAGGCAACAGGAGAAACAUUGAAGAUGU